GCGGGUCGCGAAGGCAGGAAGGGCUGUGGCUGGAACCGAGGCUGAGACGGGGGCAGGGCUGUGGGACCGAGCGAGGCCCGGAAAGCAAGGAGGACUCUGACUGCGGAGCCGGGCUGGGCCGUGCCGUGCCGGCCCAGCAGGUCCUGAAUCAUGGCUGUGUGGAUUCAAGCUCAGCAGCUCCAAGGGGAUGCUCUGCGACAGAUGCAAGCCCUGUAUGGACAGCAUUUCCCUAUAGAGGUCCGCCAUUACCUGUCACAGUGGAUUGAGGGACAGCCAUGGGACUCCAUCGAUCUUGACAAUCCUCAGGAGGGUGCCAAAGCCACACAGUUGUUGGAGGGACUGAUUCAGGAACUGCAAAAAAAGGCAGACCACCAGGUGGGCGAGGAUGGCUUCCUUCUAAAGAUCAAACUGGGUCAUUAUGCCACUCAGCUACAGAAUACAUAUAAACACUGCCCUCUGGAGUUAGUACGCUGCAUUCGACACAUCCUAUACCAUGAGCAACGCCUGGUGCGAGAAGCCACAGAUAGCCCUUCACCAGCUAGCAGCCUGGCUGAUGCCCUGUCCCAGAAGCAUCUUCAGAUCAACCAGACCUUUGAGGAAUUACGCCUGGUCACCCAGGACACUGAGAACCAACUGAAAAAGCUUCAGCAGACUCAGGAAUAUUUCAUCAUCCAGUACCAAGAGAGCCUUCGUCUACAAGCCCAGUUUACUCAGCUUUCUCAGCUAAACCCCCAGGAACGUAUGGCCCGUGAGCCUAGUUUGCAGCAAAAAAAGACAUCACUGGAAGCUUGGCUGCAUCGGGAGGCUCAGACAUUGCAACAGUAUCGUGUAGAACUGGCUGAAAAGCACCAACAGACACUGGCUUUGCUCCGCAAGCAGCAGACUAUAAUCUUGGAUGAUGAGUUGAUCCAGUGGAAGAGGAGGCAGCAACUAGCAGGAAAUGGCGGCCCUCCUGAGGGACCUUUAGAUGGCUUGCAAGCAUGGUAGAUAGCAUGAGAGGGAACAGGGGUGAGAGAGGAAAGAGGGCCUCCCAAUUCAUUCAGUGACUGAAACUGAAUAAAGGAUUAGUUCAGAAUUCACCGGAUCCACAUUUAAAUACCAAAGGUUAAGUGUUGGGAAUAUGCAAUAGGGCUGUGUUUUCUUGAUUGUAUGCAUGGUGUCUUGCUAGUAGACUCUUUUCACAUAUUUCAAGAGUGUCUAUGGAACCAUGCUUUUUUAAAAAUGAAAACUGAUAGCAAAUUUUAGUAGUUUGAAUUCUGUAGCUGUUUUGCAAAAUCACAACAUGACACUGAUCAUGUCUCACACUGCACACUUCAUGAGUUCAGAGCUACUGGUUACAGAGCUGCCCUGCAGAGGAAGAGUUUCAGACAGUUUCAGGCUGUUAAAACCUAAGACCGCUGUUUUAGAAACAAAGGUCUCAAUCUAGAAUGUAGGGUCUGGCCUAAAUAAAUCUAGAUUUAAAAGACCUGGUAGGGUUUCUGGACACCGAGAAAAGCAAGCGCUGGAUUACUCCUUGCCUUCUCUCCCCCAAUAUUGAUUGCAGAUCCAGAGAUUUGGAAUGGACAGAAGUCCAAAUGAUAAACUGUUUAUAGAUUGGAAAUUCCCUGAAGUAACCACAACUAAUGAAUUGUUUAGAACUUUUUUUAAAAAAUCAUUGUAAUAGUGGUGCUGGGAACAAACAAUAAUACAGGUAGUCCUCACUUAAUGACCCUAAUUGGGACCAGAAUUUCCAUCACUAAGCAGAGCAAUCAUUAGGCGAAACAUCACAUGACUGCACUGCUUAGCAAUAGCAAUCCCGGUUGUGGCUGUUAGGUGAGGACUGUGCUGUCGUUAGUUGAGGACAUCACACUUCUGCCCUGUCACGCUCACCUUCGCUUCAACUCCCCCCACCCGCCUAUCUCCCCAUCUCUGCCCUUUUGGCCGCCCUGCACUCUACCACCUACCUCUGCUGCUCUCUGCUGCCCCCAGCUCACCUUCGCCAUCUUCUUCC